AAUGAAUCAAGAAUCAACCCACGGUCAGUACGUUUCGGAGCCGGAGCAUGUGAGCGUGCACACGGUGAACACCGAGGGUUCGAGUUUCACGCCUCCGGGUGACGGAGGGCAACAGCAGAAUCAACCUGCGCCAGCGGGGCAGCCACCAGCUGUACCACCGCCAGUCGUACCACCUCUAGUGAUGCCACCGUUGGCGAUACCGCAGGUGGCCUACGAGCAGAUGUUCCCGGCCAUGAUGGCCCAUUAUAUGCAGCACAUGGCGCAGUUUAUGCCCAUGUUCCAGCCACCGCCACCACCACAGCCGCAGCCGCGCAUCGUUACCUUCAAGAUGUUGAAGGAUAAUGGAGCGGAAAAGUUCCGAGGAGACAAUAUGGGGGAGCCCCAGAUUGCAUUGGAUUGGCUUGAGCAAAUGGACCGGGUACUCAAGAAUUUGAGAGUCCCAGAUGCUGAUCGCUCGGAGUUGGCGUCCCAGAUGUUCCGGAAGGGAGCAUAUGGUUGGUGGAAGCGCAUUGACCAGGAUCCACACACGCCCAAGCCGUGGACCUGGGAUCGCUUUGAUCGAGCCUUCACGAAGGAGUAUGUACCCACCCGGUACCGCGAGGAGAGGCGCGAUGAGUUCGUUGCGCUUAAGGAGGAGGGGAUGUCACUUCUUGAACUGAGACAUAGGUUCGACUACUUGUCCCAGUACGCGACGAGUCUGGUCUCCACUCCGGAGGAUCGUUUGAAUGAGUUCGUCAAGAAGCUACGGCCGGACUUAAGGCCGUACGCCGCACUGAUCACGACGACAGAUUUUAAUGCGGCGUAUGAUUUGAUUGUGAAGACGGAAAAGAGCUUGGACGAUCUACAGGCAACCAAGAAAGAGGAUCGAGCGACGAAAGACCCGCGACCUGCGGCCAGCACUGGGCCGAGCGGGAAGAGUUUUGGAUUCGGGGGAAAGAGGUACGAGAAGGGUUCUUCGAGUGCGCCGCCGCCUAAGAGGAGUAAGUCGAGGCCGUCUCCGUCGGCCGCCGCUAGCAACUCGAACAGAACGAGGAGCCACCCGCAAUGUGUACAUUGUGGUAGGCGUCACCCGGGCGAGUGUUGGCUCGCCCAAGGCUUAUGUUUGGGUUGUGGCCAGCCAGGGCAUUUCAGGAGGCAUUGCCCGACAAACCCUAGCAGCGAGCCUGUUUUACCUAGAGCUCUGGAUCAGCCUGCCGCAUCACAUCCAGCACGGAGUCAGCAGUCUACGGCCGCAAAUAAUCAGCAGAGAGCACGUCCGCAGCAGUCAGGCCGGGCACCAGCGCGUACCUACGCCAUGCAUGGGCGCACAGAUCCUAGUCCCGAUGUUAUCUUGGGUACGUUCAUACUAUUUGAUUCGGUUAUGCAUGCCUUGAUUGAUCCGGGUUCCACGCUCUCCUAUAUCUGUGUUGGCAUGCCUGCUAAUUCUGCGAUUGUGAGGAGUGACCUUGA